GAACAUCUAGUUGGAGUAGUAUGAUUCCGCUGGGAAAGAGGAGAGCGUGUCCUCAAGAAAUUUCUACUGACUUUGAUUGCUGUGAGUGGAACAAAGAAAUGAAGGCUGUAGUGAUAACCACUCCCGGUGGCCCUGAAGUGCUGCAGCUCCAAGAAGUGGAGGACCCUCAUAUCGGAGACGAUGAAGUUCUAAUUAGAGUUGAAGCCACUGCACUUAACAGAGCUGAUACCGUACAGAGGAUGGGUUCCUACCCUCCACCCAAAGGUGCCAGCCCUUACCCUGGACUUGAGUGUUCCGGAACCAUCGAAUCCAUCGGCAAAAACGUUUCCAGGUGGAAAGUCGGUGACCAGGUUUGUGCUCUUCUUGCCGGAGGAGGAUAUGCUGAGAAAGUUGCCGUACCAGCUGGACAAGUUCUUCCGGUUCCUCCUGGGAUUUCUCUAAAGGAUGCUGCUAGUUUUCCUGAAGUGUCAUGCACUGUGUGGUCAACUGUUUUUAUGAUGAGUCGAUUGUCGAAAGGAGAAACUUUCUUGAUUCAUGGAGGUUCCAGUGGAAUUGGCACAUUUGCAAUUCAGAUAGCUAAAUACCGAGGAGCAAGAGUAUUUGUCACUGCAGGUAGUGAGGAGAAACUAGCUUUUUGCAAGGAUAUUGGAGCUGAUGUAUGCAUCAAUUACAAAACGGAGGACUUUGUUGCAAGGGUAAAGGAAGAAACUGGUGGUCAAGGUGUGGAUGUUAUUCUUGAUUGUAUGGGAGCAUCCUACUAUCAAAGAAAUCUCGAUAGCUUAAAUUUUGAUGGAAGGCUUUUCAUCAUUGGCUUUCAAGGAGGCACUUCAACACAAACAGAUCUGCGCACUUUAUUUGCUAAGCGUCUUACUGUACAAGGGGCCGGCUUGCGAAAUAGAAGCGUUGAAAAUAAAGCUGUGAUUGUUAGUGAAGUGGAGAAGAAUGUUUGGCCUGCAAUUGCAGAAGGAAAGGUAAAGCCUGUGGUCUACAAACACUUCCCUCUCUCUGAGGCGGCGGAGGCACACCGCCUCAUGGAAAGCAGCCAGCACAUUGGAAAGAUAUUGCUUGUUCCAUGAACUUCUUUGUACUGUACUACUGAAUCAAUGUGCAUGACAACAUGGCAUGGAUCAUUUGACUUUGGUUGAUCUUUAUGUUAUAUGUAUGAUUUUGAACUCAAGAACCUAUAAAGCUGUGAAUAAAGGGAAACCAUGUUCUUAGUUGUGUACUAGGGGUUGGCAAAAGGCACCAAGAAAAUGAAUGUUUCAUUGUAAGACUGAAA